CCGCUGCCUACAGUAGUAGUAAGUAGCAGGCAGACCCCUCUCCAUUCGCAUUCACAAAAGGCUGAGAGCCACACAGAGAGAGAGAGAGAAAAGCAGAGAGAAAGAGAGAGCAUGUUGAAGGAGGAGACUAACGGCGGUGGUGGUAAAGGUACUGGCGCCAACACCUGGGCACGUGUCUGCGACACGUGCAGGGCCGCGGCGUGCACGGUGUACUGCAGGGCCGACUCGGCCUACCUCUGCACCGCCUGCGACGCCCGGGUCCACGCCGCGAACCGCGUGGCAUCGCGCCACGAGCGCGUCUGGGUGUGCGAGGCGUGCGAGCGCGCCCCGGCGGCCUUCCUCUGCAAGGCCGACGCCGCCUCGCUCUGCACCGCCUGCGACGCCGACAUCCACUCCGCCAACCCGCUCGCGCGCCGCCACCACCGCGUGCCGAUCCUCCCCAUCUCCGGGAGCUCGCACGUGCCGCCGGCCACUGACCCGGUGGAUGGGUUCUUGGGCCAGGAUGAUGUGGACGAGACCAUUGAUGAGGAAGAUGAAGAUGAGGCUGCAUCGUGGCUGUUGAUCAACCCUGUUAAGAACAGUAACAAUCAGAGCAAUGGGUUCUUGUUUGGCGGGGAAGUUGAUGAGUAUUUGGACCUUGUGGAGAACUAUGACUGCCCUGAUCAGAAUCAGUUCAAUGAUCAGUACAGCCACCACCACCACCACCACCACCACCAACAGGCGCAGCAGCAACUUUUUAGCGUUCCCCAGAAGAGCUAUGGGGGUGACAGUGUUGUGCCAGUUCAGUGUGGAGAAGCAAAGGCUCAGCUUCAUCACCACCAACAACAGGAUUUCCAAUUGGGUUUGGAGUUCGAGUCCUCAAAAGCUGCUUACAGUUACCCUGGUUCUAUUAGUCACAGUGUCUCUGUUUCAUCUAUGGAUGUUGGCGUUGUACCGGAGUCAUCGAUGAGCGAUAUCUCAAUCUCUCAUUCAAGACCUCCCAAAGGAACAAUUGAUCUUUUCUCUGGACCCCCAUUGCAGAUGCCAGCCCAGCUCACACCACUGGACAGGGAGGCGAGGGUCCUAAGAUACAGAGAGAAGAAGAAGACAAGGAAGUUUGAGAAAACAAUCAGGUAUGCUUCAAGGAAGGCAUAUGCAGAGACCCGACCGCGUAUCAAGGGCCGGUUCGCGAAGAGGACGGAUGUAGAAGUUGAAGUGGAUCAGAUGUUCUCCACAACUCUAAUGGCAGAAACUGGAUAUGGAGUUGUUCCAUCCUUCUAAAAAUUCAGUGACAGAAGAAGAGAAAGAAAGUCUCUCUCAUAUGAGAGUUUUAGGACUUAUUGCUAAAGCUCUAGUACUGAUUAUAUGUAUUGUCCCAAUCUAAUUGGUCUAAAUUAAUGACAUACAUGCUUGGUAAUUUUGUACUAAUUUUGUAUUUCUCUUCCCCUCAUGCAACUCUAUCUUGUAAAUGCAUGUAAAUUUUUCAUUUCAAGUACAAUCCUCCUUUUUGAGUUC